AUGGCAGGGCUAUCAACGGCAACUCCUUGCACAACCUGCUAUUCGCUGGCCUUUGGAGAAGAAUACGCGGACAAAGGCUUAAAACUUGCGCUGUCUGACCUUCGAGAGUCUGCAAUCAAGACUCGUGCUUGUGCCGCUUGCGCGCUUUUGUGGAAAGCUGUGUCUGCGGCUUUGAAGCAGGAAACGCCUGAGCCUCAUGUUCUGUACGAAUCAAUAAUCAUUGAAUACAAGCCACCAAAGCACCCUGGACCCAUGGUUGUGCAUCUAUACCCUGAUCCUGUUGCAUACGAAGUCACGGAAAAGAUUCUCCAGCUAUACACCCUAGAAGGUGAGAUCCCGGCCCCGUGGGAUCUAAUUGGUCGGGGUUUUCAUAUCCCGGAAUAUGGCCUGUCUUCAAGCUGUGUCGCAUUGGCUCGUGAGUGGCUCGACAUGUGUGUCAACGCAGAGGGAAAACACGCAAAUUGCACCAAGGCUACUGUUUCGGUGCUUCCAACCCGUGUCAUAGCAGUUGGAGAUGACGAAAUCUCUCCCCGGCUAGUGAUAGCUGAACCUGACCAGCAAGCAUACUAUGCAGCUCUCAGUCACUGCUGGGGAGGGAGCACUCCGACCAAGACCACCACCGCUAAUGUUGAGGACUAUACCACUUCACUGCCAGCCGAUCUUCCAAAGACCUUUCUUGACGCCAUCAAGGUGGCUCGGGUACUCAGAAUUCCUUAUCUUUGGAUAGAUUCACUCUGCAUCAUUCAAGACUCCGCCGAGGACUGGCAACACGAGGCUUCCAGAAUGGCCCAAGUCUAUGCCAAUGCCCACGUCACCAUAUUUGCAGAUGCCGCGCCUGACAGCACAUCUGGCUUUCUUGAUCCUCCAUCACGCGAUGCCACACCCAGGUUUAACGUACCGUUCAAAACACAGGACCUCGGCGAAGGAGUCCUUCAUAUACGGACACGGGGAUUCCUGGCCGAGGAGCUUCCAUUCCACACCUGGACUACCAAGAGCGGCAAAGGUCGGAGCAAGUUGUCGACCAGGGGCUGGGUGUUUCAAGAACGGCUCCUAUCACCACGGACCCUGCACUUCUCCCACAACGAGAUGGCUUGGGAGUGCAGGUCCGUCUGUGAGUGUGAAUGCUCAGCAACUUCUCUGCGGACACUUCGCACUACGAGCGUCAUCAAACAUUUCUUGUAUCCCCAGAACAUCGAUGCCUCUAAGGUUCAGGCCAGCUGGAGGUCGGACAUUGUACCGGCAUAUACGCAGCUUGACCUCACCUUCCCAACAGACAGACUGCCUGCCAUCGAAGGACUAGCGAGCGCGGCUAGUAAGCUGAGAAGCGAUGAUGAAUACGUCUUUGGUCUCUGGCGAAACAGCAUCAAAGCUGACCUGAUGUGGCACAUACCUCGAUCUGGAAGACCCAGUGAUAGGAUUGUGGAUGGAGGUGCACCGACGUGGUCUUGGGCAUCGCUCACGGGGGAAGCUGCCUACGAUACUAAGCGAUUAGCCAAAGACUCUGAUCUGGCCAUCUUGGAUGUCAUUACAGGCGAAGGAAGCCCUCCCACAUUGCUUGUAAGGGGCCAUCUCGUCGAGGUGGAAUUGUCGGACAGUGUGUGGGGAAAUCCACGGGUGUUCCUAGGCCCAGAUGAUGAGCUGACGAUUCUAUGGGAUGUACACGGCCUCGGCAAGAAGUUUACGCACCCUUACUUCUUGGUCUGUGGCGCGGAUGGCAAUGGGCCCUUUGGUUUGCUGCUGGUCGCAGGACUGUCAGCUGACACGAGCAAACAAUUCCGGAGGGUCGGAUAUAUCCCAGGGUAUCGUAUCACGAGGCGGCGUCGUUCAUGGUGGAGUGGCGGCUGGGUCAGUCACGAUGAGUCGGUUUCAGAUGAGAGUUUGCACGAAGUGUCGGAUGAGGUGUGGGAGCAAGCAAAUGAGGCUGGAGCGGUGGAAUGGGCGAAGGAGAUCUUUCAGGGAGAGGUUAUGACGUUUAAGAUCAUCUAG